CUCCUUGAGACAUGCAAAAAAUAUAAAUAAACAUGCAGCAAUACACAAUACACAAAUAUAACAACAUAAUAUAUAGAUAUUUUCUUGAUGUUCUCCGAACAGUCGCUAAGUGUACGCGCAACUCGUGCAAGCAAAAUUUUAUUAUUCCCGUUAAGAGAAGAAUCUCGUCGUUUCGUCAACAAGAAGAGCGUAACACCGGCAUGUCUGAGAUACAUCCAUUAUUUUCACCAUGGAAUGUCAGUCGUCCAGAAACUGAGACUUAUCGCAACUUCUUCAAUCCAAAUAUUUGUCAUAUUUGUAAGAAAGAUCCGAAAAAAUCGCAGUUCUAUCGUGAAAAUUACAAUAUAGAUUGUUCGUGUAACAUGAUUCUUUACUGUAGCAGCAAUCACGAAUUAGAAGAUAAAACGAAUCAUGAAGAGAUCUGCAAAAUUUUAAGAAAGCUUUCACAUAGUCACCCGAUAUUUUGGCUAAAUCAUAAUUUCGUUCGGGACAAUUGGGUCAAGUCGAGGAAAGACCUUUUACGUAUAGUCAAAGUGGAGUUGCAACGUGAUAUGAAGCCGUACGAAGUACAGAUGAUCAUGUUUGCUAAAUCGUGUUUUAUUUGUCACGAGCAACGUAAUCUUCAAACUUGUACGGAGUGCUACUGCGUGAACUAUUGUUCGAAUCAUGCACAAGCUUUGAAAUAUCAUUACAUUUCAAAUUGCGCCAGAUUGAAGUCGUGUCUCCAAGCAGAUCAAUACUUACAAUUAGACUAUAGAGUAACUUAUAAUAAAUUUUCAGAGGUUUAUUUAGUCACUAUGCUCAAUGUUGUUAACAUGCAAGAAUUCAUUGAAACAUUUGCGAGUUACCAACCUGAUCAUUUAAAGAAAUUCUAUUCUGAUUACCUAUCAGGACCGUUGACUCUGUAUUAUUAUGGAAUAAUGAAUCAAAUUAUACAUAUACAAGAUGCGCAUUAUGUCGUUCAUAUAAUACACGCAAAUAUUGUAGAUGCACAAUAUAUACUAGCCUGGGAAACCUUGCUGCAUACUAUAGCAAAGAAACUAAAUCAUCUACAAGUUGUAUUGAUAGGAUCAGAAAUGCAGAACGUAUACGUAAAUGUCGAACUUUGUGAGCUCUGCAAACUACUUAAGAGGAAAUUCGGGAUACAAGGUUGCCGCAUGUCCUUUCGCGAUUAUGCUAACAUCAUUAAAUUAUAUAAGCUACCAAAUAUAAUUAUAACAUUUGAAGCAGAUCUUAAUGAAUGGGAUUUAGCGGAAAUAAUUCCAACAUUAAAAAGUUUAUCUUGUCCUUUUAUUGUAACCGCCGGGUCGCUCUUCAAAUUCGAAAGGAACAUGCAGGAGUUAAAUAAAAUUCUGCCUGCACCAUUGGAUUUACCACCAAUCUUAAAUAAAUUUGGUUCUCUUAAGGCAUACAGAAAUUUGGAGGAUAAUGACGUAUCUUAUCGUAAUAAGUUUUUGAUUAUUUUUAAGAGUUUAAGUGAUUUAUUUAACUUACAUAAUAAACCGGUUAAUUAUAGUGCAGGGUCUUCAAUAUUGGCAAAACUUUUGUAA